AUGGAGCACAGUGUCGAGCGUACCAAGCGCAGCAUGGACCUCCCCAGCCCUCAGACGUUGGCAAGGCUCCUCGAAGCGCCCUACAAACGCCAGAAGAUCGACGCCGUGCCACGAAGCUUGGACGAGACGCCAGCGGCUAACCAACACCACCAUCCACCAGGACCAUUGGAGCCGCCACCACCCCCAAACCGUGUGUGGGGACUCCCACAAGCCUGGGGAGCCCCCAUGCCUCCGUUCUACCAUAACGCCCCGGCAGUUCACUCGGUUCCACCCACCAUGGUGCCACUUAUCCAACCAAAUGCAAAAAGAUCCGAUUUCUACGCUGACUUGAACCCCGACGUGGCAGACCCACAAAUCAUCCACCAGGUGGAUGGCAUUCUCCAGCAGUUUCCCCCACCGUUUCCCCCGUUUUUGCCGGCCUACGGUGACCCCUUGGACCGUGCAGACACCAACGACGCUGACGACAACGAGAAAGGUGGCAUAAUGGUGCCGUUUAUAUACCCACGGCCACCCAGGAUCGAUGCGGACAAGCUUCCGUACUCGCUCGCGUCGUUCAAGAAGAAGUCAGUCACUCCCCCUCGAAGAACAAGAAGAAAGGGCAAGGAAACGGAACCAACCGAGGAAGACCCCUCGGUGUACCUCCAGAUCCCUCCUCUCCCGUUUCCCCCUCCCAAUUACAUGCCCUACCCUGUGCUAGCACACAAGUCCAACUUGACGCCAGGAGCCGUCUUUGACGCUUUCAUCGAUGCCCACGAGUACUUGCCCAGAACCGACAUGGUGGUUGCAAGCGCAGCCGGGUCUUUGUUUGACAUAAUGGCCCAGUCCAACCAGGAGGGGUUUGAAAUCGAAGAGUACGAGAAGCAGCAAAGGCAAAAGGCCCUUCUUAAGAAAGAAGAGGCCCAGAAAAGUGCCCUCGAAGCAAGCACCAACUCUGCUGAAGAGAAGGAGGUGGAUUCAGACGAAGAAAGAGAGAACGAAUUUAAUGAAUACUGCGAAUACUUGGACGGAAUCAGCACCGAGGAUUACGUCGAUUACCACGAUGCAAAGAACGACGAAGAAAAAAUCAACAUGGUCCAAGUCAGUGCAAGACCCCAGGAGUUCAUAAGAGUACAGUCGACCACCAGUGAUUUGAGGCACCUGCUAAGAACCACAGAAUUGGAUAAUAUCCUGCAGGUUUCCACUUCUGACAUCAUAAAUAACCCCUCGAAAGACAUAACCUUUGCCAACGGUAACAACAGGGAAAGAAGAAGGAAAGAGCUCGUCAAAACCAAUCAAGAACUCGAGGCUUAUACCGAAGAACACCGCGAGCAGGUGUAUCACGCCAAAAGAAACCAAUUGCUACAAAGAUUGAAAAACCUACAGCUGUCAAAAAUCUCCUUCACAGACUCAAUUAUUAACGAUGAAGAGUUGUUGAGGUAUAAGGAAAGGAUAGAUACUCUCAGAGAUGAAGAAUUGGUACGACUUCGAAUGGUGGAAAACUACGACCUUUUGAAGAAUUCGUUAUCAUUCUACCAAGACUCUAAUAGAGUGUACAAACACUUAAAUUUGGUGAUGACCAAUAAGCUCGAAAAGUUGAAGCACUUUCUAGAAUUCCAAAAGAAUAUAUUCAAUGAAUACCUUGCGGGUAACUACAAGGAGCUCAAUGAUAUAAAAUCCAAAGAAUCAUCCAAGUUAUUCUCAGGUUUGUCUGAUAGAGAUUACUCCCAAGAGAUAAAGGAAAUCAUCAGGAAAUCAAUGAGCGAGGAGUUAAAACCGGAAGACAUAGAAAAGUUCGAAAAUAUCAGUAUUAAGUCCAAGGACUUAUUCAAGCUCUCCCCUGCUGUUCAGCAUUCUAAUGUUCAUGACUUCAUGCCCUUAAUAACCCCAGAAGAAUUCAGCAUUAUCACAGGGGAAUUACCUAAUAAAACUACCAAGGACACUAAAAAUAGUGGUGGAAAACAAUCCAACUUGAAGCAUCAAAUUUUCCAGAGUCCCUUAUAUGAUAGAAUUACCUCUGGGUCCGACACAAAUGUUUCGGAUAGCAAUAGUGGAUCCAAUACUGCCACUGCCAAGAGAAGGGGAAGAAGGAGUAACGCUCAAACGGCCUCUAGUCAAAUCAACGGAAUUAUCGAGAAAAUCAAGGGGGACGGACCCGACUCCAAGUUCUCAGAGGCUACUUUAUUGGCAAAAAUCAUGAAGCAGUUUAGUGGACCUCAGUCUGCCAAACUGGAGGAAUUGACCAACGAUUUAGAAAUGAUGGGCUUGAAGACCAUGUGGCCAGUCACCAAAUAG